CUUGAAUGCACCGCUGGUUUCCAGGGAGUGGCACCUGCACCUGUCCGACCUGCUUUGGGGACACAUGAUUCCGGAGGAAUUUCCCCCGCUGCUCCAGUCCUUUGUUCAACGGACACUUUUUCGUGGGCGACAGAGAGUGCGAGCCAGAGGCAAGGGGGAGAUAGAGAGAAGAGAGAGGGAGACAUAGAGAUGACGGAACCAGCCGCUAAUCCCGCUGCCACCUCGUUCCCAGCGCCAACCAUUUCUCUUCCUUUGGGACUGGAAGUAUUGAGAACUUACUCUGGAGCCCUUGUCUGUGUAGAAAUAUUAUUUAGUGGUCUGGUAUGGAUCCUGGUGGCGUCCUCCAAUGUGCCCGUGCCUCUGCUGCAGGGCUGGGUGAUGUUUGUCUCCCUCACCACCUUCUUAAUCUCCUCCGCCUACCUCGCGCUGCUCGUCACCGGCCUGGCUGACCGCAUCAACACUGAUUGGAAUUUCUUGGAUGUGAUUUACCAUUUUAUAGCUUUGCUUUUUUACUUUUCUGCCUUCGUGCUGGAGGCAGCAGCUACAGCAGCUAAAGCCUUAAUCAUUCCACUGCCUAACAGCACUGAUAGUGUCACAGUCAGAGUCCUGGAUGAUGAGCAAUACAGUAUUAAUGUGGCUGCCACGGUAUUUGCAUUUUUGGUGACACUAUGCUACGGCUGCAGUAUGGUGAUGGGCUUCAAGAGGUGGAGGAUGUAACUGGGAAAACCAGUGCAAACUAGUUUUAUAACUGCUUCAUAACUUUAGCAUGUAUUAUUAAAACAUCCAUGGAGAGCACUGCUAUUCAGUUCAGUGCAAACUUUGUUAUUUUCUGAUGGAACACUCCGGUCAUCAAAGGAGAAAAAAAUAUACAAAUAUACAAAAAUUUCUGCCUCAGUCAAAACAUCUGUUAAGAUUUCUCGACAAUAAUAUUCCUACAAUAAUUCUUCUUCUGAGAUAUUGAAAGAAUUGGGCUCAGGUAGGUUCUGGGCUGUUAAAAGUAUUUUGAGGACACAGUUAAAGAAUAGCAGUUUAAGUAGUUGAAUAUGAUACCAGGCUAUACAGGGUGAUUAUGCAAGAUGUAAGUGAUGCUUGUGACAGUUAUGGUUUCAUUUUUUCGCCCGCUUUUUUAAUCAUACCAAUAUUGCCCCAUUUCCUGAGUUUUUAAUACCAAUAUAGUAUCACAUAAUGGUGUCUAUGUAUGCUGAUAAUAGUUAAUGCACACCAGAACAUUCGUGUUAUAAUGCAAUUAGUUUGAAUUAGUCAUAUUGCCCAAUUUCCUGAGUCACAUCCAUAUUGAAGGGACUAUUUCCCAUUUAUAAUAACACAAAAACAUGCCUAUGUAAGCUGCUAAUAGGUUAUGCACAAUAGAACAAUAAUGUGAUAUUUCAAUUAGUUUGAAAAAGCCUAAAAGGCAACAUGAUUGUUUUCACUGAGCUGUAAACUCACUCUAGGUGACUGUUAAUACAUUUUGAUGUGGCUACUAUUUAAAAUGUGAGUUUAUCUGAUAUUUAAAUUUCAAAUUUGUAAUAUCUUGUGAGCACUUUUUGUCAAUUUAAAUAACUGUUUUUCACAAAUUGGUAACUAUUCAUGUGAUAAUAUCUGUUACUGUUUAAACUUUCUGAGUGUUAUCGUAUGUGGCUCCACUGUGACUUAUUGACCAAUUUCAUUGUCAUUCUCGUGAGUUCUAGGCUACUACAAACUAACAUUUAAUCUGACCUUCAAUAAAAAAACUGCUUUUGUCAGCUACUAUA